UUCCAAAUGUGGCAGCUUUUAACAGCAACAUGCUGGAUGCUUCUUCUUGGACCUAUAUAUGGUAGUCAAAAUGAAGGAAGCUCAACAAAUCCGGAAGCUAAUAUGAAUAUUAGCCAGAUUAUUUCCUACUGGGGUUAUCCUUAUGAAAAAUACGACAUUGUGACAAAAGAUGGUUAUAUCCUCGGAAUUUACAGGAUUCCUCAUGGAAGAGCAUGUCCAAGAACAGCUGCAAAGCCUGCUGUGUAUCUGCAGCAUGGCUUAAUUGCAUCUGCCAGUAACUGGAUUUGCAACCUGCCCAACAACAGCUUGGCUUUCCUUCUGGCAGAUGUUUGUUAUGAUGUAUGGAUGGGGAACAGCCGGGGAAACAUCUGGUCCAGAAGACACGUGAAAUUGUCAACCACAUCACCAGAAUACUGGGCCUUCAGUUUGGAUGAGAUGGCUAAAUAUGACCUUCCAGCCACAAUCAAUUUUAUCAUAGAGAAAACUGGACAGGAGCGACUCUACUAUGUGGGCCACUCCCAAGGCACCACCACUGCUUUCAUAGCAUUCUCUACUAAUCCAGAGCUGGCCAAAAGGAUUAAGAUAUUUUUUGCAUUGGCUCCAGUCACCACUGUGAAAUACACCCAAACUCCUAUAAAAAAAUUAACAACUCUUUCCAGAAAAGUAAUCAAGAUGUUGUUUGGUGACAAGAUGUUCUAUCCUCACAUACUUUUUGACCGAUUCAUUGCCACCAAGGUAUGCAACCAGAAGAUAUUUCAUCGUAUUUGCAGCAACUUUCUAUUUACUUGGAGUGGAUUUGACCCAAAAAACUUAAACAUGAGUCGCUUAGAUGUUUAUUUGUCACAAAGCCCUGCGGGAACAUCUGUUCAGAAUAUGCUGCACUGGGCCCAGGCUAUUAAUUCUGGUCAGUUCCAAGCUUUUGAUUGGGGAAACCCUGAUCAGAACAUGAGGCACUUCCACCAGCGUACACCUCCCCUAUACAACGUUUCUAAGAUGGAAGUUCCAACAGCAGUGUGGAGCGGUGGACAGGACCCUGUGGCUGAUCUCAAAGAUGUUGAGAAUUUACUUCCUAAAAUUACCAGGCUUAUCUAUUUCAAGUUGAUUCCACACUACAAUCAUGUGGAUUUUUACCUUGGACAGGAUGCACCCUAUGAAGUUUACCAAGACCUAAUUAGAUUGAUGGAGGAAUGUUUGCAAAAUUAA